AUGACGAUUACUCCGAGUGACGCGAUCCUCGUCUCGUGCGAGGUCGUGUUCACGGUCGUGAUAGUGCUUACGGCGCUCUUCUGCUGCCGCAGAUCAGCAGAGGCGGACGCGGACGCGGCCGCCGAUCGACCUGCCGCGCGUCUGGUGGUGGUACAGGUACGACGGCCGGCGGCGGCGGUGGCGCCGGCGCCCGUGAAGCUGCCGUGCUUCCCGUACUCAGCGGCGGGCAGGAGGCCGUCGGAGAAGCUGGUGUGCGUCAUCUGUCUGGAGGUGUUCCUGGACGGGGCGAUCUGCAGCGAGGUUCCCGCGUGCCGGCACUUGUUCCACCGGAAGUGCAUCGACGUGUGGAUGAAGAGAAAAACCACCUGCCCGCUGUGCAGAGCUAGUAUCGUCAGUGGAUCAGAACGAGUACCAGUUGGGGAUGAGAUGGUUUAG